AUUAUAAUUAUGCCAGCCUAUAAAAGCAACUUAGAAGUGUAAAUCAAAUAAGAUUAGAAAUAAGGAAUUGGUCUAAUAGAUCAUGAAUAGACAGACACGUUCCCAGUAUGGAAAUUUAGAGGUGGUUCAACAACAAUAUAUGAGGAUAGUAAUAUAAUAUGCAUUUUUAAAGAUCAAGUUUAUACAGAGAGUACUGAGAUCUUGCCAAACAGGAAUGCCCUCUUAAAAGUGAGCAAAUCAAGUAAACCUAUUAGAUAUAUAUGAACAAUUUUUAGAAAAUCAAUAUGAAAUCCUUUUGUCAGCAAUAUAGCCAAUCUUUAUGGUUGUCAAAGAUAUCAAAUCAUAGAAUGGAUCUGAAUAUCCUCUUGUAGUUAACUCCAUCAUUCGCUUAGGAAGAGUGUACUAAUUAUACACUAUUAAUUUAAAGUGAGUACAAGGUCAUUGAAGAACGUAACAAGGAUAUGCAUACUUUUCAAUCUCCCUGCUCAGUUAAAGUAUUCUUAUUUGACAAUCAAAUUUUAGCACUCCUUCCUUAGUAACAACAAUUUGACAUAUUAGUGCAAGUUUUGUUUCAUGGAAGGAAGACAGAGUAAGGAUUAACUCUUUCUUACCAACAUCUGUCGUUGUGCUGGAAAUGGAUAAGCUGUUCAUUUGGAUUGUUUACGUUACUGGGUAGAUUCUAACAUAAUCAAAGAAGAAACUCAAUUUGGAUUGAUUCUCAAAUGGUUAUUUAAUUCUCUACAUUAGGAUCAAACAACAUGAAUGUUCUAUUUGUAAAGAAAGUCUCCCCAUUCGAGUUCAGUAUGAUGAUCAAUACUUCGAUCUUUUUACACUUGAAAGACCUGAUUUACAAUACAUUCUCGUCGAAGUAUAUUCUAAUCAUUAUCAUUAGAACAUCAAUAAAGAAAAGAACUUAUGCAAUGAAAUCUAUUUAAUUCAUAGUCUUCUAAUUGACAAUAUUAAAAUUGUAAAUCUUUUCUAAAUAUUCAAGGGAAGAGGAUUCUAAUGUGAUAUUAAAGCAUAAGACAUUACUGUCUCUAGACACCAUGCCACUAUCAAAUUAACAGAUGGCAAUUUUGUUAUUCAAGAUAAUAAAAGUAAGUUUGGAACACUUGUAUCUAUUGACAAAAAGAUUUCUAUUGAUUGUGCUGCAUGCAGUUUAUAAAUUGGCAAACUACUGAUAAACUUAAUCUAAUCUGAUUAUAUAUAAAAAGGUAUCCUUUUAAUUAACGUAGGUGCUCCUUCAACCUAACACAAACUUACUUAACUACCUUAAAUUAAUAAAUAAUUAGAUGAAGAUGAACCUUAGAUGGACGACGAUUCUUUUCAAUUAGAAAAUAAAUGAAAGUGAC